GCGACGCUGCACUCUAUCUGUGUCUCUCUGUGUGUGUGCCAGUGGGUUUGACGAAGGUAAGGAGAGAGAGGGAGCGGGCGAGACAAAGGCAGAGCAAGAGGAGAGAGAGAGUGAGAGACGUGCACACACGCGCACACACACACACACACACACACAUACGGAACGAGACGGGAGGAGAGAAGAGGAGUGGAGAGAAUGCCUGGCGAAAGGGUGGCGCUUCCUCGCUUGCUGCUUCCAGGGCCUCUGUGAGACAGACACCAUGGGCUGCAUCGGCUCCCGGACCAUCACUUAUUUCUGUGUGGAGAAGAGGGCACGCAAUGCAGUGUCAAUUUACACAGCGGACGCUGUUCCUGUACGGAAAGAUGGGGAGCAGCAUGGGCGUGCCGAGUUUUCCUGGGAAGGAAUCAAUCUCUCUAUGGAGGACACUUCCUCCAUCCUGCCUCGUCUGAAGAGGAACUCCAACGCCUACGGGAUCGGUGCUCUGGCUAAGUCCUCACUGACAGGUGUGUCAGGCGUGUCCCGUUCCAUGAAGGAUAAAGUAACUAAGCCCACUGCCAUGGCCUCGGGCAAAGUGGCUCACAUGAUCGAAUGGCAGAGCUGGAACACACCAUCCAUUGGGACUGAAGGGGCUGUGGUCACCAAAAUCCCAACCUCGCAACGUGAGAAGGAGAGGCGGAUGGAGAGCGAAAUGUACAGUGAACUCAGUGAAGGAGAAAAGGAGGCCCGCUUCACUGCAGGAUUAAUGGCACAAUUUGCCUUAUCGGAGGCUACUUUGCUGGGCUGGAGAUCUAUGGAGGAAGAUGGCCUUUGUGCUGGCUCCAAACAAGGCAGUGUGGCCCACCUCAGUGAGACCAACCAGGAGAGCAUCACCAGCAGAGACCAGGCGAUGCAUCACUCCUCAGCCGACGUAUGGCCCAACACCUACGUAGCCCAGGGCCUCUACUGCCUUUCCUCCUCCGACGCCUGGGAGCCAAUUAGCAACGAUCCCUCGGGCGUGGCCUCGCCGGCCGCCUACGUCAUGGCAGGUGGUGGAGGAGGGACGCCCGGUGAGGGCUACGGUGAGGUGGACAAUGUGGGGGGCUGCAUCCAGCAGCAGCAGCCCCAACAGCUCACCCUGCAGCAGCAGAGCCAGCUGCAGCUCCAGCAGUUGCAGCAGAUCCAGCUGUACCAGCACCAGCAGCUAAUGCUCUAUCAACAGCAACAGGCAAUGGAACACAGACUACACAGUGCAAACCACUCCCUCCAAGCCACACCCAACAGCACCAUCCACAGUCUAGGCCUGCCCACUCACCCUCGCCUGGCUGACCUAUGGGGCUCUGCGCAGGUGGAGAUUGUCGGACACAUGAGCGGGCCAAUGGCUGACAUGGUUGUUGGUGUGGUCGAGACCUUGGGGGAGGAGCCAGAGGAGGAGAGCGAAUGCAUUCCAGAGCAACAGGAAGAGGAGGAGACUAAGGACGAUGAGGUUACGUUAACCUUAGAACCAACUUUGACCCCGUCCCCGCUUAGAGAAGACGCCACCCCGAUUGGAGGCACCAGUCCACAACUAGCACGCCCAGAACCAACGGCAGAACGCAUACCCUUUGUGGUCACACCCUGCAUUGUCCAAUCGUUGGAGGAGAAGGACGAAGAGGUGGCCAAGGGGUCUAUUGUUGCCGUGGCGACCAAUUAAGGGGGAUAGUCCGAAAGAGUGACAAACAGGAUAUACUUAUCCAUAAUCCACCAAUCAAGCUAUCCUACCCCACUUCCAGCUAUUUACCCACUCUGGGACUGAGAAAAAACACAACGACUUUUCCUGGAGGAGAAAGUAUUGGAUACGACAAUGAUAAAAAAGGGAACUUUCAAGACAAAUCUGUCAUUUUGCAGAAACGUGAGGUCUUGUUUUGCAGUAAUAUUGAACUAAUUAAUUAGAAUUGAAAGAAUGGAGUAUAGAGAAAGAUAAAGGACAUUACAGAGAAUCACAAGACAACCAAAAGAAAGUGCAUGCUUUUGAAAGUAAUUUAACAUUAAUAGUAAACCGUAUACAAAGUAAUAAUAUAUACACUACCGGUCAAAAGUUUUAGAACACCUACUCAUUCAAGGGUUUUUCUUUAUAUUGACUAUUUUCUACAUUGUAGAAUAAUAGUGAAGACAUCAAAACUAUGAAAUAACACGUAUGGAAUCAUUUAGUAACCAAACAAGUGUUAAACAAAUCAAAAUAUAUUUUAUAUUUGAGAUUCUUCAAAGUAGCCACCCUUUGCCUUGAUGACAGCUUUGAACACUCUUGGCAGUCUCUCAACGAGCUUCAUGAGGUAGUCACCUGGAAUGCAUUUCAAUUAACAGGUGGGCCUUCUUAAAAGUACAUUUGUGGAAUUUUUUUCCUUCUUAAUGCGUUUGAGCCAAUCAGUUGUGUUGUGACAAGUUACGGGGGGUAUACAGAAGACAGCCCUAUUUGGUAAAAUACCAAGUCCAUAUUAUGGCAAGAGCCGCUCAAAUAAGCAAAGAGAAACGACAGUCCGUCAUUAAGACAGGAAGGUCAGGCAAUACGGAACAUUUCAAGAACUUUGAAAGUUUAUUCAAGUGCAGUCGCAAAAACAAUCAAGCGCUAUGAUGAAACUGGCUGUCAUGAGGACCAUCACAGGAAUGGAAGACCCAGAGUUACCUCUGCUGCACAGGAUAAGUUCAUUAAAGUUACCAGCCUCAGAAAUUGCUGCCCAAAUAAAUGCUUCACAGAGUUCAAGAAACUGACAAAUCUCAACAUCAACUGUUCAGAGGAGACUGUGUGAAUCUGGCCUUUGUGGUCGAAUUGCUGCAAAGAAACCACUAUUAAAGGACACCAAUAAGAAGAAGAGACCUGGGCCAAGAAACACAAGCAAAGGACAUUAGACCGGUGGAAAUCUUUCCUUUGUCUGGAGUCCAAGUUUUCGAUUUCUGGUUCCAACCGGCGCGUAUUUGUGAGACACGGUGUGGAUGAACGGAUGAUCUCCACAUGCGUAUUUCCCACCGUAAAGCAUGAGGAGGAGGUGUUAUGGUGUGGGGGUGCUUUGCUGGUGACACUGUCUGUGAUUUAUUUAGAAUUCAAGGCACACUUAACCAGCAUGGCUACCACAGCAUUCUGCAGUGAUACGCCAUCCCAUCUGUUUGGGCUUAGUGGGACUAUCAUUUGGUUUUCAACAAGACUAUGACCGAACACACCUCCAGGCUGUGUAAGGGCUAUUUGUCCAAGAAGGAGAGUGAUGGAGUGCUGCAUCAGAUGACCUGGCAUCCACAAUCCCGACCUCAAGCAACUUGAGAUGGUUUGGGAUGAGUUGGACCGCAGAGUGAAGGAAAAGCAGCCAAUAAGUGCUCAUUAAAUGUGGGAACUCCUUCAAGACUGUUGGAAAAGCAUUCCAGGUGAAGCUAGUUGAGAGAAUGCCAAGAGUGAGCAAAGCUGUCAUCAAGGCAAAGGGUGGCUACUUUGAAGAAUCUCAAAUAUAAAAUAUAUUUGAUUUGUUUAACUCUUUGGUGGUACCUACAUGAUUCCAUGUGUUAUUUCGUAGUUUUGAUGUGUUCAUUAUUAUUCUACAAUGUAGAAGACAGUGCAAAUAAACAAAAACCCUUGAAUGAGUAGGUGUUCUAAAACUUUUGACUGGUAGUGUAAUUAUGAUUUUUUAUAAAAACAAAAAAAGAAAUAAAGUAAUAUUUAUCAGUGUGUGUAUCUGUGUGUGUGCGUGUGCUUGCAUGUAUGUGUAUGUGAGAGUGUUCAAAUGUAUGAAUGUAUGUAUGUACAGUUUGUAUGUAUUUAUGUAUGUAUGCAAAAAUAUAUAUAUAUUCUCGAAAAACA